GACAUCAGUUGCCUCGUGGGGGCAGCAUAGAAAAUUUAGAAAUCAGAUUCUCUCUUUAACUUUCUACACUUUGCUACCAAAGAACCUCGUUUUGGGCUUCUAGAAAGGGAAUAUCAUCACAAUCUAUGGCGGAGAAGCUCGAGCCGGCGAAGGUUUUGUACUGCGGAGUUUGCUCUCUUCCCGCCGAAUACUGCGAGUUCGGUCCCGAUUUCGCGAGAUGUAAGCCUUGGCUCAUUGAAAACGCCCCUGACCUCUAUCCUGAUCUCCUCAAAGAAGCUAAUGAGAAGGGAGUAGAUAAUGUUUCUGACAAGCUCCAGUCCGUGGGAAUCUCUGGCGCUGAUGGUGCACCCUCUUCUUCUCAGACUGGAGGGACAUCCAAGAAGGAGGAAGUGAAACGCCUUCCUGGGGGAAAAGUUAAAAAGAAAGAGAGGCAAGAAGUUAUUAUUGAAAAGGUUGUCCGCAACAAGCGCAAGUGUAUCACCAUUGUGAAAGGACUAGAACUCUUUGGGAUAAAACUCAGUGACGCGUCUAAAAAGCUUGGGAAGAAGUUUGCUACCGGAGCAUCAGUUGUCAAGGGACCAACUGAGAAGGAGCAAAUUGAUGUUCAAGGAGAUAUAAUCUAUGACAUAGUUGAAUUCAUUACAGAUACUUGGCCCGACGUACCUGAAAGAUCCAUUUUCUUCAUUGAAGAUGGGAAGAAGGUUCAGGCUGGUUGAUGAUUUACCCUUUGUCCUUGGAGUUUUUUUUGGCAUGGAAGGUUCAUGUAGACGAACUAGUUUCCGAGUCCUCCCAUGUGUUUUUUCUUAUUACCAAACGUCUCUGUUUCUCUUUGUGGAUCUAAGCAUUUCAAAACGAUUUUUUUUAAUCUU